UUGAAAUACUGUUUGAAGAUAAAAUACACACGUUCUAUGAAUUCUGUCACAGGGUCGAAGCGCAAGACAUUAAAGUCAGAUAUUGUGGGGAAAAAAAAAACAUCUCAAAUUUGUCAAUUGGAAGAAGGAGAAUCAGGAUUGGCGCCGAGAUCCACUGUCGGCGGCGCGACCAUGAACGGGUUCCUUGAGAAGGGGAGGGAGAAAAAUGGGAGCGAAAUUUCCAAUGAAAGCAGCGACGGUUCUUCAGGCUGGCCGAACACCGGGAACAACGGUAGAGCUUCGUCAUCCGUCGACCGCAUAUCCAGUAACGUGGGGAGGAAAAUUAGGGCCAGGGUUUCGACUGAUUUGCAGAUGAAGUUUUUUGGGGACCAGAGGGGGGUCGAUUUCGUUGACUGCGGUGUUUGGGCUUUGAAAUUUUUCUCCGACGGGGAUUACAGGAACUUUGUGACUAAAUUUCAGGGUUGCUUGUUUGAAAAUGUGUAUGGAUUGAAACCAACAGAGGAAAACAAGUCGUACAACAAGGACUUUCUGGGAUGGGUGAAGCCCGAGGAUUCGGAUGAUUCAAUGUGGGAGGAUGGAGAUGUCGGUGAAUGGAGAAGUCCCGAUAAGGCCCGUUCGAUGGAGUUUUCAGACAGGGAGAAUCAAGACUUGCUAACAAGAUCUUUCCAUUUAAGCACAUAUUUUAGGUAA